UCAGCUCUCGUACCCAACCCCGCACUGUAUCCCAUGGCCACCGCGACCGUCGCCCACUGUUACUAUUGCUUCGACGUUCUCACGGCGAAGCUCGAAGGCCGGCCUCCGCACUCUCUUGCCAAAAUCGAAGCUCUGUUGGCUGCACAGAAGCUGUCGCAAGCGAGCGGACACUCCGGCCUCACCAACGGUCAUGCCGACCUCACCAACGGUAAUUCCGUCCACGCCAACGGUCAUAGCCAGACAAACGGAACCGCCGCUCACCCGCAGCCAACGAAGCAAGCCGAAACACCGCUGUUCGUCACAUGGAAGAAGAGUUCGUCGUCGUCGGCGGACCACAGGCUGCGCGGGUGCAUCGGCACUUUCGACGCAAAGCCGCUCAACAGUGGGCUGAAAGACUAUGCGCUGACCGCUGCCCUCCACGAUACCCGCUUCGAACCGAUCUCGCGCAGUGAACUCUCGCGCCUCGAGUGCGGCGUAACGCUGCUGACCGACUUCGAGCCGGCGAAGGACGCGAUGGACUGGACGCUGGGCAAACACGGCCUGCAGAUCGACUUCGUGUACCAUCACAGGAGGAUGGGCGCUACGUAUCUGCCCGACGUGCCGGUGGAGCAGGGCUGGACGCAGGAGGAGACGCUGGUCAGUCUCAUGCGCAAGGCGGGCUGGACAGGCAGGAAGGAUGAGUGGAGGAAGAUCCCGCUCAAGGUUACGAGGUAUAGGGGGAGUAAUGCGACGGCUAAGUGGGCGGGGUACAGGAAACUCGUGGGCGAUGGCGCCGAGGAUGAUGAUGAUGAGAGGGACGAUGACGAUGACGACAUGGAUGAAGACGAGGAGGACGAGGAGGAGGAUGAGUAGGGGGCGCGAGCGCUGUUUAUAAUGUUACGAUCUAGAACGCGCACUUGUUUUCGGUGGGACUGCUCAGUAUAGAGAAUAGAUCCUGAGAAUUUAUGAC